UUAUGCUGCAGGCUUUUUUCUUGCUGCUGAUACAAGAGGAAUGGUCUUUUCUCCAUACGGUCCCUGUGUCAUGGCCAAAGAACUAUGUAGUUGUCGAGGAAAAUGAUUCCUACACACUGCGUUGUGACCCACAUACACAGAAUGUUAAAUGGCUGACUCCGUCCGAUGACUGCGUUAACUCAUCACAGAACGCCUUGGAGCUGACUGAUUUAGAGAAUCCGUGUGCCGGUAAUUACACGUGUCUGACGAUGGAUAACAUUCUCCUGAAAUCCGUCUACCUGCUCAUAAAGGAAAAUGAAGAUUUGAAGAUCUCUUGCAGUUUGGAUUCCUACAGCAGUCCGGUCUUAUCCUGCUCCGUACGUGUCCCCUUUUGCAGAGACUGCCUAGUCCGAGCUAAAGCCAAUACAAGUUCUGUGGAUGACACCAACUGGCUGGAGAUGAAGUUCAGUGAUGCUACUAAAGAUUCAGUUCUAAAGUUUAACUUGUCCCUUCCCAUGUGGUGUGCUUUCGAGGAGCAGAUAUACCCCAUUGUUGUGACGAUGGAAGCAAUUACCAAGAGCCAGUACAUGAGUGGAUCCAACUCCUAUUACAUUCGAGAUAUUGUGGUGCCCGGCGCUCCAGAAAAUGUGAUCUUAAACACAGACUCUAAUCUCGGAUCUUGGACGUAUCCGUCAACAUGGGCCAGACACUUUUCCUUCUUCCCUCUGCUGUUUGAGGUUAAUAUUCAAUUCAAAAAUAAUAAAGAGAUAUAUGAGCUGGUGUACGAGAUGAAGAAGAAUAUGACGAAUGUAAAGUGUAUGCGUGUCCGAUGCAGAGAUAUGUAUAAUAACUCAAUGUGGAGCAACUGGACCACAGCACGGUCCGUGAGCCGUGCACCGAGGUCUCCAUGCAAGUUCAAAUGAUUCCAUCAGGGCGAGUGGGAUUCUUCGAGCACAAGAUUAUCUAAUUAUAC